GGUGGCUAAGUGAUACCACCGGGGUCGAAAUGCCAGGAAGUGGCGGAGCCAGGAUCCUAGGCGCUGGUGCCACAGCCAUUCGGCCUCCGGCCUUCUGCCGCCCCUGCCCGGACCUGUCACUCCCCAACCCGAAAAGGAGUCGACAUCCGCCACAACAAAGACCGAAGGUUCGGCGCAAGGAGCCCAAGAGCCAGGACAUCUACCUACGGCUGUUGGUCAAGCUAUACAGGUUUCUGGCCAGAAGAACCAACUCCACCUUCAACCAAGUGGUGCUGAAGAGGUUGUUCAUGAGCCGCACCAACCGGCCGCCUCUGUCCCUUUCCCGGAUGAUCCGCAAGAUGAAGCUUCCUGGCCGGGAGGGCAAAACCGCCGUGGUUGUCGGGACGAUAACCGAUGACGUGAGGAUCCAGGAGGUGCCCAAACUGAAGGUGUGUGCCCUUCGUGUGAGCAGCCGCGCCCGGAGCCGCAUCCUCAAGGCUGGGGGCAAGAUUCUCACCUUCGACCAGCUGGCCCUGGACUCCCCCAAGGGCUGUGGCACCGUCUUGCUUUCUGGUCCUCGCAAGGGCCGCGAGGUGUACAGGCAUUUCGGCAAGGCCCCGGGA